AGGCUCCUCAGCCGAGCGCCGAGCGGUCGAUCGCCGUCGCUCCCACCGCCUGCGCAGCCCUCGCCGUGGCUCCACCCGCCAUUGUAGGCCAGUAAUCCGCUAUGGAGCGUGCCUUUACCCCGCUGGAGCCCCUGCUUCCCACUGGAAAUUUGAAGUACUGCCUUCUGAUUCUUAAUCAGCCCCUGGACAAGUAUUUUCGUCAUCUUUGGAACAAAGCUCUUUUAAGAGCCUGCGCUGACGGAGGUGCCAACCGCUUGUAUGAUAUCACCGGAGGAGAGAGGGAAAGCUUUUUGCCAGAAUUCAUCAGUGGAGACUUUGAUUCUAUCAGGCCUGAAGUCAGAGAGUACUACGCUAUUAAGGGAUGUGAGCUUAUUUCGACUCCUGAUCAAGACCUGACUGACUUUACCAAGUGCCUUCAAAUGCUCCAGAAGAAGAUAGAUGAAAAGGAACUAAAGGUUGAUGUGAUCGUGACGCUGGGAGGCCUUGCUGGGCGUUUUGACCAGAUUAUGGCAUCUGUGAAUACCCUGUUCCAAGCGACUCACAUCACUCCUUUGCCAAUUAUAAUAAUCCAAGAGGAAUCUCUCAUCUACCUGCUCCAACCAGGAAAGCACAGGUUGCAUGUAGACACUGGAAUGGAAGGGGAUUGGUGUGGCCUUAUUCCUGUCGGACAGUCUUGCAGUCAGGUUACAACAACAGGCCUGAAGUGGAACCUCAGUAAGUAA